AUGUUUUAUAAAUAUUUCAUCGUAUGUUUACUGAUAAUUCUAGCAAUUUUAAGUGGGACAAACUCUGAUUGUGGUUGUUCGGCCGCAAAUCGAGAAGAAAGGGCUAAAAAAUAUGAAAGAUCUGAAAAUUCUGAGACGUCUGGUAAAAAAAAUGACGACGAUGACGAACAAGGAAGUAUAAUGAAGCAUGCCAAGGACUAUGACAACAUGUCAUUGAUUCCUGGUGGAAAGUAUCAUGUUGGUACGAACGAACCGGUAUUUGAAGCGGACCAUGAAGGCCCCGAGAAAGAAAUCGAAAUCCAAAAGUUUUAUCUUGAUAAGUUUGAAGUAUCGAACAGUGAUUUUCUAGAGUUUGUCAAAGCUACAGGGUAUAAAAGUGAGGCUGAAAAAUUCGGUGAUAGUUUCGUUUUUAAGAUUUUUCUCAGUCCUGAAACUCAAAAAGAAUACAAGGAUUUUCGAGUAUUACAAGCGCCGUGGUGGUUCAAAAUAAAAGAUGCCAAUUGGAAGCAACCCGAAGGUCCAGGAUCAUCAAUUGAUGAUCGAUUAAAUCAUCCCGUUGUUCAUGUCUCAUGGAAUGAUGCUGUAGCCUUCUGUAAAUGGAAAGGAAAACGACUUCCAACUGAGCACGAAUGGGAAGUUGCUUGUCGUGGUGGAAAGCAGCGAAAACUUUUUCCAUGGGGCAAUAAAUUGAUGGCGAAAGAUCAACAUUGGUUGAAUAUUUGGCAAGGACAAUUUCCUGACGUCAACACAGCUGAAGAUGGUGAAAUCUCAACAUGUCCAGUAGAUAAAUACCGUCAAAAUGAUUACGAUUUGUACAACAUUGUUGGUAAUGCUUGGGAAUGGACGAGCGACCUUUGGAACGGGCAACAAGCUAAAAAAGAAAAUCCAGAUAGAGUAAAGAAAGGUGGAAGUUAUCUCUGUCAUAUCUCUUAUUGCUAUCGUUAUCGAUGUGCCUCCCGGUCUCAAAACUCCGAAGAUUCAUCAGCAGGAAAUCUCUCAUUCCGUUGUGCAAAAAACUUCGACUAAAACUUAAACUGUGAUGAUAAACAAUUUUCACAAAUUAAACAUUUGUUUUCGAUCAUUUUUUUUCAUUCCAUUUUUAUUAAAAUCAACCAGCGUGAAACUGUCGAAUAAACAGAAAUUAAAAUAAAACUUUUUUUUAUUAUUUCAAAAACAAAAGAAACGAACAAACAUACAUAAAACAAAGAUAAUUUAUUUUUAAUUUGAUUACUUAAUACUUUAAGAAGAGCAGGAAAUUGAAUUUACUUUAUUUCUUUCAGUUCAACUGGUUUCGUUUGUAUUGAUUAUUAAUUACAAGAGUUUCCUUAAGUAAGGAGCCGUAAAUCGAUAGAUGCCGUAACCGAUUAAAGUAAGAGUUCCAUACUUUACUGUAUUCUUAAAAAUUCUUGUGCUUAAGGGAGCUUUUGGAAUGAUCAUGAUUCGGGGAAUUUCAUCAGCAAGGGGUUGUCCAAAGAAUUUUUGUACACCAGCACUGUGGCCAAUGCCCAUGACAGCGACAACAUUUGUUGAACCUUUAUUAACUGCACUUUGCGUUCUAGCGUUCAUUAAAUUCGAGGAAGAAAGCGAUGCUCUUUGAAGACUAUGAGCGAGAAACAUGUCGCGUUCGUUGACAAAAACUUCACCAAAUGCUGGAAAUUCUCCAGCCAUUUCUUUCAUCAAUUCUUCGAGUAAAUCUUUUUGUUUGCAUUGCUCAACAUCUUCUUUUGUUAUUGUAUCAUCGAACGACAUAAGUUUGUAAACAAGUUUCAAAGUUUGCCAUAAACUGAGACCUUUAAUAGCACGUUGAAGUGUGAUGUUAAUUGGCCUAUCACCAAGAUGAACUAAGCAGUUGGGAAUUUUUGAAGCCUCUUUCAUUGCCGUGCGAAAUUCACCACCAGGAGCCAUGCCUAACUCUUUUGUUAACUUUGCUGACAUGUUCAGUAAGAGAAUGUAAAACAUUCCAUUAAAAAAUC